CUGCAAAAACAGUCCAGAUAAUUCAUGAGUGAACAUUUUGAUAAUGAAAGGGGCUGAAGUUGUUUUAUUGAAGGGAAACUGAAGAAGAUAAAGCAGCGCUUUGGAGACGGCACGGCGCCUCGCCGGUGCGUCUUUACGCACGGAUCUGAACGCCCACCGCGGAGAUCCGAGGAGCCGGAUUGGCUGCUAAAGAUACCAGUGGCUCUGCGCGCCCUGUGAUUGGCUGCGGCUCUCCUGGCCCUAGUUAACUCCACACACACACACACACACACACAUACACACACGCACACACACAGGCAGCUGGAGAGAGGGAAGACGUAAUGGUUUGAUUCCCUGUGCACUUGCAAUGGUCGUCGCUCGGACAUUACUCGGCAGAUUCCUCUAACGGGAGGAGAAAUGAAGGCGGGGGCCUCGUCCAUGUGGGCGUCAUGCUGCGGGUUGCUGAAUGAGGUGAUGGGCACGGGGACGGUGCGAGCGCAGCAGCCGGGGUUCGGAGCCGGAGCGGGGCCCUUCCGCUUCGCACCAAGCACAGGGUACUCCACCUACCCCCCCACCAGCUCAGGGAGCGCAGGGCAGCUGUGCAAGGCCUGCGGUCUGGCCUUUUCUGUCUUCAGACGCAAGCACAUCUGCUGCGACUGUAAGAAGAGCUUCUGCGCUCUGUGCUCCGUGCUGCAAGAAAACCUGCGCUGCUGCACGACCUGCCACCUGCUGCGUGGCACCGCCUUCCAGCGGCAUCGCCUCAUGCAGCUCCGAGUCAAAGACCUGCGGCAGUACCUGCUGCUGCGCAACAUCCCCACAGACACCUGCAGGGAGAAGGAGGACCUGGUGGACCUGGUGCUCUGCCAUCAGGGGGCACGGGAGACCUCCAGGCCUGUGAUGGAGGAGGACGAGGACGAAGAGGAAGAGGAGGAGGAGGAGAAGGAGGAUGACGACGAGGAAGACGAAGCGGAGGACGACACAGACAGUCUGCACUCGCUCCCCCACUCACGUGCGGCGUCUCCCCCCCUGGCCACGCGCUCCACCUCUGAGCAGUCGGUCCUGUCCGCCUCGCAGGGAGACGCGCUCAGCCCGAGUGACAGUUCAGGGACCACCAGCCAGGAGCACGAGGAAACUCCAACGGUGUCUCUUCUGAAUCUGGAGCCGACAGAAACCCUCUUAGAGGUCAGCCCGGCGACGCAGAGGAGGAUCAGGGCCUCGCUGUCUGAUCUCGACAACGAGGCGGCGAUAGAGAACCUCUCUGUCCGCCAGCUUAAAGAGAUUCUCGCCAGGAACUUUGUCAAUUACUCCGGCUGCUGCGAGAAGUGGGAGCUGCUGGAGCGCGUGCAUCGACUCUACAGGGAAAACGAACAGAACAGGAAAUCCAUGGAAAACGUGAGCAUAACUGCAGUGGUUGCAUAUCCUCCGUCUCUUUGCAACAGUGGCGUUGGAGGUAAGAUGUGGUAAAACUGUCAUCAUGUUCCUCCAUGAAUCACUGCACUCAGCGAACAUUAAAGCAUGCUGCAGUCAGUUUUUGUAAUAAUCCUUUACGUCAUCCUGUUUGUUGUCUUAUUAUGGUCACUGUUUCACUUGUGUGUCUUUGUGUGCGUGUGUGUCAGUGGGAGGGGGGUAUCAUCUCAUUUAAUCCUGAGAGACAGCCUCUCAUCCUGUCAUUAAUGUGCUCCAUUAAAGUUUUUACAUCAUGAUGAGCCAUCGUUUUCCUUCAGCGGCAGCACAUCUCUGUCAGGUGUAAUUACAUUGUCGAGCGUCCUCGCUGACAGAAACGAGCUCCAGGAUCUUAUUAGCCCACUUAGCAUUCAGCUGUGGCUGCGGGGCCGAUUGACUUU